GGGUAACAUUUGGGCUAAGCUUCUUGCAACAUGACAAGGAAAACUGUCUGUAUCAUGCCUAGCUAAGGCUGUGAGACAUGGACUCAUUCGACAUCGCCAACUUCCAUCCCCGUGAUCUUAUACAUGUUUUUCUAAUUAUCCUUGUUAAUUAAAGACUCCGCAAUUGAAGUCAAGUCUUUGCUUGCUGUUGCAAGCAAUAGUUGAACAAUUAGACGAACAAAGAAUUAGUAUUCCAAAGGCUACUUGAUGCCUGAAGGCUAAACAAGCAAGUACUUUUUUAAUUACAAGUAGGCUUUGAAAUUACAUUACUAUUGGGAAAUUGAGCAGAAAAAAUUCUUCUAAUGUUGCCAUAAUACCUGUCAACAUUGUCGAUAUUACCUACGAUUACUCCUAAUAUGCAAUGAAGAAGUCAGCAUUACCUCAUAUACCAACUUUGAGUUUUCUAAAUUAUGCUGCGUUAAUGUUUUUUUUAUGAUCAUUUAUUGAAGCUAAUUCAUUCAUUACUACUAAAAAAAAUGAUCUCAUCCACGUAAACAAUAAGGAACCUCUGGCUUCGACCUCCUUAUAAACAUUGAAUGAUCUGAUUGAACUCUUCAAAAACUGACUUCCUCUAGAACUUUGCUUAUAUACAGGCAGAAAUACCUUCGAAAACCAAGUUCUUGGUGCCUACUUGAGCUUGUUCGAGGUUGUAACAGAAACUACUUCCUUGAGAUUGUUCGAGGUUGUAACAGAAACUGCUUUCUUGAGAUUGCAUACUAAGUGAAGAUCCCAAGGAGAGGAGAAGCUUGGACUUGGAGGAACAGUGGAUAAUGAAUAGAAACAACUUCGCGCAAGUAAGCCAAGAUCAAGAACCUUUCCUACAGGCUGAAGAAGAACCUUUCCUGCAGGACAAAGAAGAACCUUUACCAGAUACAGUAAUAACAAGAAAUGAAGGACAUGAGAUUUUAAGUCAGACAUUACAAAGUACAAGAAGCUUGGCUAAUUUACUACCAACAGGAACCAUUCUGACCUUUCAACUUCUUGCUCCGGCUUUCACAAACCAAGGCGACUGCAAUCAUGUAAACCGAGUGAUGAUCACCACCCUACUUGCGCUUUGUACAUCAGCAGUGUUCUUGCUGAACUUCACAGACAGCUUUAAAGACAGAUGUGGAAAUGUCUCCUAUGGCUUUGCAACCUUCAAUGGUCUGUGGCUGGUUGAUUGUUCAGUAGCACUGCCACAGCGUUUAGCUUCCAAGUAUCGUCUGAGAGCCCUGGAUUUUGUACAUGGUUUCACAUCAGUGCUUGUUUUCACAGCAAUCGCGCUGUCAGAAAACAACACUGUAAGAUGCUAUUACCCAUCACCUUCCAGAGAUUUGCAGCAGAUACUAACAGCACUUCCUGUUGGAAUUGGAGUCGCUUCGAGUUUCUUGUUUGUUUUGUUCCCUACACAACGCCAUGGAAUUGGUAGCUCCCAACAUGCUAAUUGAUCUUCUUGGUUAAGGAUCUUUUUUUUCUCCUAAUUGACCUUGUAUUAUAAUUUUUUUUAUUAAGUGUAGAUGUAAUAAAAUGCUGUUAAAGUGUAAGAUUCGUGUGUUAGUUUGUGUACAUAAGAUCAUGACUAUGAUGGUGGAAUUGUAAGUUGCACUGAUUUUGU